AUGGCGGUGGUGGUGAUGGGGAUGGUGGUUUGUGGGGGAGGUAUUGGUGGAGGAGGUGGGGGUGGUAGUGGUGGGAGUGAGGUGGUGGUGAAGGUGGUGGCGGUGGAGGUGGCAGUGGCGGUGAUGGUGAUGAUGCUGACAGUGGCUGUGGUGGUGGUGACGGUGGGGCUGAUAGUGAGUGGAGGUGGGGUAAGGGUGGUGGCGGUGGUGGUGGAGGGUGGUGGCGGUGGUGACGGUGGUGAUGGUGGGGCCAGUAGUGGGGACAGCGGUGGGUGGUGGUGGAGGUGGUGA